CCAGGAGAGAGGGGCAGCCAAGAAGCACACAGGAAUCGGGCUGGCUCUGCAGGAAAAAAAAAAAAAAAAAGACUCUCAGCGACAAAAAAAAAGGAGAAACGCUACUGAAAUCAAACGAACAAUGAACCCCAUCGAGUAAAGGCUCGUGACAGACCCGCGGCCGAAUACAAUUCACACAUUGCCACGUUAACAAAGCUCUUCUGGGGAUACGGUCCAGAUCAGAGGCAGCGGAUAGAGAGAGAGAGAGAGAGAGCUGUGUCAUUGAGCAGGCAGGACACGUCAGGAGAAGAGAGAGAGAGAGAGAAAAAAAAGCUGACCGACUGCACUGUACGACUCAGCUCUCAGAUCGCCUCUGAAAAGCUUUUUUCCCCCCGCAGCCGUACUCAUCUUUUCCAGGACAACACCUCGCUAACCAGCGCCCGAAGGAAGGAUCUCGACAAAGACAUCGCCGAGGUCGAAGGUGGUGAUCAUAAGGACCAAACGAUCACGGGAUAGCAUUUGUGUGUGGGGGGAGAAAACAAAUGGGGGAUUACGGGUUCGGAGUCCUAGUUCAAAACAACACUGGCAACAAGUCUGCGUUCCCGGUCCGAAUCCACCCGCACCUGCAGCCCCCACACCACCACCAGAAUGUGUCGCAGAGCCCUGCUGCCUUCAUAAACAGCACCACAGCCGCAGGGAAUGGCACCACGGGAGGCUCUCCCUGGCUCUUCCCUGCCUCUGCCACCCACAGCAGUGUGCAAGACGAAAUCCUGGGGGGGCCGGAGAAGCCCAAAGCACAGCAGCAGCAGGAAAUGCAGGAAACGCAAGAAAAGCAGCAGUUGUCCCCCGGGAGUCACCAGGAGGGUGGAGGUGGUGGUGGGAUCAUUUCAGAACUGGAAAAAGUCCGGUCAGAGGAAGCCAAGACAGACAACGGCACAUCUGAAGGAAGUAACGGAAAGGAGAAGCAGCUACGCCUCGAGUCUCCUGUCCUGACGGGCUUCGAUUACCAGGAAACGUCUGGUCUCGGGGGAACUGGCCCGGUCCAGUCCAGUACGACCUCGUCAUCACUUACUGGCUUCAACAACUGGUCGGCUGCCAUCCCACCGGCGCCGUCAACCAUCAUCAACGAGGACGUCAGCUUCUUCAACCCGGCCUCUGCCAACAAUGGGCCCCUGCUGUUCCAGAACUUCUCACACCACGUCAGUCCAGGGUUUGGUGGGAACUUCUCACCCCAGAUAGGACCGGCGGCGGCCUUGUCCCAGCACCACCCUGCUCCCCCACCCCACCCCCACUUCCAACACCCCCACAACCAACACCAGCAGCAUCGACGCUCCCCGGCCUCCCCACACCCUCCACCGCCCUUUCCGCACAGGAAUCCGGCUUUCAGCCAGUUGCCACAUUUGUCCAAUAGCCUGAACAAGCCCCCGUCCCCCUGGGGUCCAGCCAGCUACCAGAGCCCCUCUCCCUCCCCCGGCUCCUCCACCUCCUGGAGUCCCGGAGGAGGCUAUGGUAGUGGCGGUGGUGGCUGGGGAGGCUCUCAGGGCAGAGAUUAUCGCCGGGGUCUGAACGGUGGGAUGACCCCCAUCAACUCUAUCUCUCCACUGAAGAAGACCUUCCCUAACAACCAUGUGGCAUCCCAGAAGUACCCUCGAAACAGUCCCGCGGGCUUCAACCCGAAGUCGUGGGUGGAUGAUGGAGUUGGCCGCAGUGAUAACAUCUUCCCCUUUCAGGAACGCACCAGGUCGUUUGACAGCUUCAACAUGAACACUCUGGAGAGCUCCCUGAUUGACAUCAUGAGGGCCGAGCAGGACACUCUGAAAGGUCGUCUAGGGUUCCCCCACCCAGGAGCGGACAACCCUCUGCCCCUCAAUGCCAGGAAUUAUAGCAGGAGACGAGGCCACUCCUCUCUCUUCCCCAUGGAGGACGGUUUCCCAGACGACGAGCGCGGUGACCAGGGUCUUGCGGGCCUCGGAUCCCCACACUGCUUCCCACACCAGAACGGAGAGCGGGUCGAACGCUACUCGCGCAAGGUCUUUGUCGGAGGACUACCCCCAGAUAUAGAUGAAGAUGAGAUUACAGCCAGUUUCCGGCGUUUUGGACACCUGUUUGUGGACUGGCCCCACAAAGCUGAGAGCAAAUCCUAUUUUCCACCCAAAGGCUACGCCUUCCUGCUGUUCCAGGAUGAGAGCUCAGUGCAGGCUUUGAUCGAUGCCUGCAUUGAGGAGGAUGGCAAGCUGUACCUCUGUGUGUCCAGCCCCACCAUCAAAGACAAGCCAGUCCAGAUCCGCCCGUGGAACCUGAACGACAGCGAUUUCGUGAUGGACGGAUCUCAGCCUCUGGACCCGAGGAAAACCAUCUUUGUGGGAGGUGUCCCUCGUCCGCUCCGUGCAGUGGAGCUGGCCAUGAUCAUGGACCGCCUGUACGGAGGAGUUUGCUACGCAGGCAUCGACACAGACCCCGAGCUGAAGUACCCCAAGGGAGCGGGGCGGGUCGCCUUCUCUAAUCAGCAGAGCUACAUUGCUGCUAUCAGUGCUCGCUUUGUACAGCUGCAGCAUGGAGAAAUCGAUAAACGGGUGGAAGUGAAGCCAUACGUGCUGGAUGACCAGCUGUGCGACGAGUGCCAGGGAACUCGCUGCGGCGGGAAGUUUGCGCCGUUCUUCUGCGCCAACGUCACCUGCCUGCAGUACUACUGCGAGUACUGCUGGGCGGCCAUCCACUCGCGCGCCGGACGGGAGUUUCACAAGCCCCUGGUGAAGGAGGGCGGAGACCGUCCCCGUCACAUCUCCUUCCGCUGGAACUGAGCGAGACGACGGAGAGGCAACAGGGGAGCAGGAGGGCAGGUAGUGCAGGAGUCGCAAAUCGUUGUACAAAUAAAUGCACUUUUCUGUUGCUGGUUCCUUUUCGCUCUUAAUUUCACCAAACCUUUUUUUUCUUCUCAUUUCUCUUUUUUUUAAGUUAAUAUAUAUCUAUAUUUUGAAGAUAGAAAAGAAAAACUGGAAUUAUAUCCAAAUAUGUCCAGCAAGGAAAAAAAGAUGUGUAACAUCUGUUUUAUUUAUGCGUUUGAUUUUUUGAAAUAUUUUUAUUAGUUCUCAGAAAAAAAAUACAUAUAUAGGAAAGUUUGAGGUGUGAUAUGGUACUCUGCUAUUCAAUUGGCAUAUUUUUUUUUUUUUUGUUGUUUUUUUCCUAAACGAUGUAUUUGAUUUUGAUACGAGAUGUCCCGAAACAAAUACUCUUCAUGUGACAUUUGGUUCUUCUGUAGCAGAGCUGUGGCUUUUUGUUUUGUAUCGAGUCUCCAGUGUGCUGUUGAAGCAGCGUCUCAUUGGCUGUUUGUUUCCGAGAGGUGCGAUUUAAGUUUUCUAUUGAUACAAGAGGCUCCAGAGCAAAUGUGAAUUGAAAAAGGUGUUGCUAAAGAAGAGUGCACUUAUUUCCAAUUUGAGGAGUGCAGAGACCCUUAGUUGUUAACCAAAGCUGAAUCUCAAUUAACUUUGAAAAAAAAGAAAAAUGGAGAGGGGCCCACUGCAGAAAGAAUUUCUUUUUUCUUUUUCCCUCCCCAGAUCUAACAUUUUUUGAACCUCUCUUUUUAUGAUUUCCAAGUCCAUACAAAUAUUUUGAAGUUACUUGAAGAAGAAAAGAAAAUCCACAGCAAAAUUUUAGCAACACACAUUUGGGUUUUGAUCUCCAUUUUGACAUGCAAAAACUAAUACCUCAAUCUCAGCUGCUAAUGUGCCGAAUACAGGUUAAGAAAUAACGAACGAAAGAAUGAAAGAAAGAAAGAAAGCAUCUUCACCUGCUGCUGUUCUCUUUUCCUUAGAACUGUAAUCAAAGGGAAGUGAUGCAACAGGCAGCGUGAUGUGACUGGUACAGUUUUGUACUCACUCGCUUCAUCACCUCCUUAUUUUUGUAAUCAAACCCAGGGUUGUGCUAGGGACAGAGCAGAGCAUCGUACAGUAUCCGGCGUACCGGGGGGGAAUGUAUGACGUUGUGAGGCUACAGGAGAGACGGAUAAAAUCAGCCCCGCUCCCCCUCCUCGUGUCCGCCUGUGGCCUCUGCUGCUAAGCUAGCGGGCUAACGGAGGGUAGGGCCUCAUUCGCGGAUCAAAACCCACUUUCUGUGUCUGCACACAGUGGAGCUUGGAUACAGAUCUUUCAGGACUGAGGUUAAGGCAACUCCUCGAGAAAGGCCGGUCAAGCGGCCGCCUUUUAUUGCAGUUUUCAUGGGGGCGGGCUACCGCCAAAAAACGGCAGCUGCCUCCGUUUGUUUUUGUUUUGUUUUGUUUUGAAAAUCCAUUUGUGCAAUUCUCCCAAGUCUUUGAUGGAAAGAAAUCAACUUUGCAUCCAACAUCCAGUCAGCUGCACUUAUUUUAACAGAAGCAAUUAAAAUGUCAGAUUUUUCAAAAUCGUCAGCGCACAUUUGUUUCAUGGAGGGAUCUGGCCUCUCGGCGAACCCUCCGUCCUUUUCUCCUGCCAAGUUAAUCCAACUCAGCAUACAGUGUUUUUGAAGCAUAAAUGAAGAUAGUCUGUGCAGUGUGCUCUACUACUACACACUCGUGUGACCCACAUGCAGUUUUGCUCCAGUUAACUAGAUUGCAGGUCCAGUCGGUUGUGCCCAGUGGCUUUUGGGAACCAAAGAUGGCUGUGAGGUAGUGGGUCAUACUGUAGCUCAUGUCUGUCAGAGUUUUAUUCUUGUUUUUCUUUUUCUUUUCCCUCAAAAGAGGCUUUUUCAUUUGAACCUUUUCAACAAAAAUCUGUCACGACCCAGUUUUACCCAACUGUCAAGCCCUGAUGACAUCCAGCAAACCAAAGAUUGGCCUUGAACAUUAUAUAUUUAUAUAGAUAUAGAUAUAUCUAUAUCUAUAUCUAUAUCUAUAUAUUAGUAAACAUAUGUAUUUUACAGUGCAGACAAAAACCCAUUAGAACACCAGUGGAAAAACAACAGGGCUUGCAGACACACACACAUAAACACACACACAUAAGGCCUCACAUUCUCCAUAGCUCAAAAUGGAGGUGCACACACACACACACACGUUCUUUUUAUUUCAAAUAGGUCUGCAUGUUCGGGAAAAUUCUAACAUCAAGCGCACAUUCGCACAGCAAAAGUAAAAAACGAAUCCUCACGUCUGUUCGACACUUUAGGUCGCUCAGUGGCAUCCUACUAGCCGAGCAUUUUAAAUAUGUCAGGGAGUUUAGAACAGUAACUUGAUUACACACACACACACACACACACACACACACACACACACACACACUAGUGAGAAUCCUCAUAUCGGCGUGGUGUCGUCGCACCAGUUUUGCACCCUGGACAUUAGUUUUGUGGGUGUGGUGGGUGAGCAUUUUAGAAGUUAAAACACUUUGUGAAGAAUUUGCUGUUAAAUGAGAUGAAAAAAAAAGAUUAUUUUAUACAUGGCCUGCUGAUUUUUGGUACAGUGUUUUCUAGCUAAAUUAUUUUGUCAUGCACAUAUAAACAUUUAUUAUGCACUACUUUUCUAAAUAUUUUUUCUUUUUCCAACAGUCAUUUUAGGCACAUUUUUCACAAAUGGGGAAACUCCUUUUUGCAAUACCUCAAUUUUUCACAUUGUGAAAGGUAGCUUUUGUACUUUUGUUACUGAGAGAUCUGCAUAUAUGGAAAUGUUCAUUUUAAGAAAAAAAAAAGUUGAGUGAUUUCAAUAUAUAUUAUUUUCAAUUAUGCUUUUUAUACAUUUCAGUGCUGAGGAAUCUUUACAACUAAGUGCGCACUUGUGUUGAUGCGACUUCAGAUCUGCAGAGGAGAGACCAAAGUGUAUUUGCUGUCUUGGUCUUAGCUUUUUCGUACACUAGAUGUUUCCAGUCAAUCUGGUCAAUAACAGCAUGGCUAGAAAAAAAAAAUUUAAACAAGUUGUAAUUUGAAAAUUGAUGUUAAUGUCUAAACAUGGCUAUACUAGUUGGAAAUGGUAACUUCUGUCUUGGUUUCCUCUCCAUAGAUGGAGCAUAACUUAUUAUAAGGAGAAUGCAAAUUUGGUUCAUGCACUAACGCUGAACCUCGUAUCACAAAGGAUGGAUGUUUGGUGUUUAGAUAUUUUAAUAUUUGAAAAAAAAGUAUAUAUAUAUAAAUAUAUUCUUGAACUUGCCAACUAGCACCUAUUGUAAUCCGUAGCAUGCAUGACGAAAAAAAAGAAGAGAAAAUGACAAGUACAUGAAUUAGCUAUUAAAAUUAAUUGUUGUGGUGUGCACCAAAUGUUUCUCAACUAUUAAGUUGUUAAGGACACCCCAGACCCACUCUCACCUCACCUCCCCCGCCUCCCCCCGACCCCCCUCCCACAUGUGUUUUCCUCCUUCACUUCCCCCCCCCCCAUUCGCAGACCUCUGCAGGAUGCACACGACAGAGAUAAAUAUGAGACGAGAAACAAGACAGAAUCUCACUUUGAAUCGAUUUUUGGGAGUGCAUGACCUUGAGCAUCCUUUCUAGAACACUGUUGAAAAAGACUUGAGAACUCAUCCCCGCCGUCUGUCGAGGUGAUCUUAUAAUAGACCUAUCUGGAGGAAGGGGAGCUUAAAGACUUGAAUGUGGUAAAUGUUGCAAGUUAACUUCAAGUUGUUAUGUGCAAUACUUCUUUUGAACCUUUUUCCAGAUAAAGACUCUUUGCAAUGUAAUUCUUUAAUGCCAUUUUUAAUUGCAGACAUUUAAUUAAAAGAAGAUGUUAAUAUGUUUUUCACAGUCAUUUUCUACUGUUAUUGUAAUCCUUUUCAUGCUGGUGUUUGUAAAAAAGAAAAGAAAUCAAACUAUUUGUACUAAUAUAAAUAAUUGAAGUUAUUUUUAAAACAUUAAAGGUUUUGUGCUCAUUUGCUUAUUUUUUUUGUUUAUUUUAAGCUACUGUGAUUGAUUGCAUUGUAAUUAUUAGGUCAACAAUGUAUUUAGCUGUUUAUUGGUAUAUUUUUAAUUGGAAUGUAUAAUUGAUUUUUAUAAUUUUGAUCAGAUUUUUGUUAUAUUUUUGAGGUGAAGCUUUUAAUAUGUUAAAGUGUCUAGUUUUUACUAAUUGCUAUAUUGUGCUCCACAAUAUAUGGUUCACAUUUUCUGAAGGAAAAUAAAUAUUUAAAUAUUUGUCUGUUAAUGAUGUUACUUAAUGGCAAGAUUUCAAUAGUUUUUAACUGUGUUUGGGAAGGUUGUUGUAUUUAUUAAUAGCAUUUUUUUACUUAAGAUAUCACCUUAAUUUUUAUUGUCAUUUCACUUUAUAAGUUCCUAUUUUUGUAUUUUCCUUUCUAAUUAAGUUAUGUAAUACGGAUAUGUCCAUAUUUCUAGGAGUUGGUCUGUAGAAGUGCUAGUGAAACGAAAAAGAAAAAUCUAAUGUUAUUUAAUUGUUUGCAGCCAACUAUUUAUAACAGUAUGCAUAAUUUUUAAAUAUUUGUAAUGUGAAAAGUUGAAUGAAAUAAAUCUUAACUGUGAUGAAAA